AUGGUUGCAUCUACGAAAUUUUCACAAGUUUUCCUAGUAGUUUGGGCUUUCUGCCUGGCCGGAAUCCUGGCUGUACAGCCAAGUCGUCAGGAAGCGGAGGAGAAUAUGUCCCAGUUUAUGAGUGUCCUUCGCCAGGAGCAGUUGAGUGCCGGUUCCCCGCGAUUUAACGAUGUUCUGGGCAACGCGAGGACCAUUAUUGAGUACCAGGAAUACGGAUUCAUUGGGAUUCGCAGUAUUUUCCAGUGGAUGACCAGUCCAAAUCCCCGUAACGAUGGCGUCUACAACUUCCUGCAGUUCUACACCUCCGAAUCGAGUGGCUAUAUAGGACUGCAGAACUACGACAAGAGCUCUAAAUAUACGGUUCUGUUUUCCGUUUGGGAUGCUUCGAAUGCGACUUCAGGUGAUAACUUCGAAUGCAGUACUUUUGGAGGCGAGGGCAUUGGCUACAAGUGCUUCAACAGCACUUUCCCGCUGAUCAGCAAUGCCAUCUACUUCCUGGAUGUCCAGAUCGAGGGUUCCACCUUCAGGGGUUAUAUCUCGGAACCGCAGGAGAAUCUGGACAGUGUUACCAGCAAUCAGGUGACCCGUCAUUUGAUUGGCGAGAUCACCACGCCGCAUGCAAAGCUAUCCAAUCUGAUACCCUUUGGUUAUUACAAUGAGAACUAUCGCGAUAAGGACGCCUGCCGCGAGGCCUUCGAACUGGUGACCGUCAAUCAGGCCCCGCAUCAAUAUACCAAACAUGGCCAUGCCAACACCAAGUUCACCGAGGCCUAUCUGUAUAACUCCGAGUGCGAGGUGGAAAAUAUUUUGGUGGCCCUCACGGCGGACAAGAAGAGCACCAUCUACUUCACCAGACCCACUGCUUUGGAUCUAUAAAGUAUUAUUGUUUUUUAUUCGUUAUAUUCUGUACCAUUUUUGUUUUUUUUUUUAUUAUAUUUACG